UUAAAAGGUAAUAUUUAUUAUACUUUGCUGUUUAAAAGACGACAAUAUAACCGUGGAAACCAAACUGUUUAUAUACGAAUAUUCAUAGCAACCAAACAUGGAUUCAAUAAAAAUAAAACCUUUCACAAAUAAGGAUAAUUAUAAAGCUUGGAGAAAGCUAAUUAAAUUAUUGCUGGAUACAAAGGGUAUAAAAAUAGACGAUAAAAAUGAGGAAAAAUUGGAAAAUAAGGGGAAAUUUAUAAUAUUUAGUUAUAUUGAAGAAAAAUAUUUACAUUAUGUAAUUAAUUUGGAAACAAUUAUAGAAAUUUUUGAAAAAUUAGAUUUUAUGUAUGAUUUUAAUAUACAAGGACAAGAUAUAAAACACGUAAUGAAUUUUUUCGAGAUGCAAUAUUCGGGAAACAUAUUAGAAGAUAUAAAUAAAUUACAAAAUAUACAGUUUGAAAUUACGAGUAAAGAGAAUAAAAUUUCAGAACAAACAUUUAUGCACAAAAUUUUAAAUUUAUUGCCGGAAAAAUUUAAUACUUUCAAAUCAAUUUGGAACAAUAUAGACGUAGAAAAGAAAAAUUUAGACGAAUUAACCCGAAGAAUUAAAAAUGAAUUGGAAUUCAUCAAAGAAGACUCUAUCAUAGAAUCUCGAGAAAUUUUAAAAGGAAACGAAAAGAGAUGUUUCAUCUGCAACAAACCAGGGCACAUAGCAAGAUUCUGUAAAAAUAAAAAAUGCGACCUCUGCGGCAAGUCGGGACAUAGUACGGAUGAGUGCUAUAGAAACAAAAUAUGUACCAGGUGUAGUAAGAAAGGGCAUAUAAAGCAAUUUUGUAGAACAUAUAAUUCGGUAAGUGGUAAUUCCAAAUUUAUUAAAAUAAAUGCUAUAUUUGAUUCUGGAGCAUCGUCACAUAUGUUUUCAAGUAAAGAAUUCAUAAAUUUUACAGAAGACAUAGAAGUAGAAAUUAAAUGCAAUAGAUAGUCUAGCCGUGGAAAAAGUACACAUUAUUGAUACAAAAAUAUUUACAGUCGUUUUUUAAUAUCCUUUUGAGUCUCUUUUAUAGUUUUGUUUUAUUGUUGUUAUAAUAGAUGUUAGGAAUUUUACUUUAUUAUUUUGGUUUUAGUUCUUAUAUUAAAAUGAUUGAAUGGUUAAUAAGUAAAAGAAAGUGAGAAAAUUUAAUAAGUGAAAGAUAUUAAGAUAAUGAAAGGUUGUUAUGGAAAUGAAAAGUUAUAUUUGAGUUCGAGUGUUGAAUAAAGCUAUCUGAGGUUAUUUGUUAUGUUAUGUUGUCGUUUGUGAGUGGAGAUAAAGGAGUUAAAGGUAAAAGAGUCGAGUAGGAGUUAAAGGUAAAAGAGUCGAGUAGGAGUUAAAGGUAAAAGAGUCGAGUAGGAGUUAAAGGUAAAAGGAGUAGGAGUUAAAGGUAAAAGAGUCGAGUAGGAGUUAAAGGUAAAAGAGUCGAGUAGGAGUUAAAGGAAGGUUAUAGAGGUUGAGAAGGCGUUUAAGGUUAUUAAAGAGGUUGAGAAGGCGUUUAAGGUUAUUAAAGAGGUUGAGAAGGCGUUUAAGGUUAUUAAAGAGGUUGAGAAGGCGUUUAAGGUUAUUAAAGAGGUUGAGAAGGCGUUUAAGGUUAUUAAAGAGGUUGAGAAGGCGUUAAAAGUUUUAAAUAAACUUGAAGAGUUUAUGUAGGAAGUCGAGAAGGAGUUAGACUAUUAUAGUUAAGGUUUUAUAUAGUGAGUCAAGAGGGAAGUUAAGGUUGAAUGGUAGUAUGGUUGAAUGAAAGUACAUUUUUGAUCGAAUUGGAGUUGGAGAAGUAAGAAAGGAUUAAAGGAAGCGACAUUAAAGAUGGUAUUAAGUUUGAAAGGUUGAAUGAAUAGUUGUUGGUUGAAUUGAGGGAUUAAGUGGAAGUAACGGAAUGUAAGUGGUUGUGAGGUUUUAAGGUAUGUAUGGAAAGUAAUUCAUUUAUGAAGGUCAGGUUAGCGUUAUUCUUUUUUGGUAUUAAAUUAUAGACGGAGAAAAAUGUGUGCAAGUGUUGAGGGGGUGUGUUGGAGUUUGUAUAUUAAAUGUAAUGGCAGGCAACACUUGACACUUGAUUAGAUUUCGAAUAUUGGAAUUAUUUUAAAUGUUUUAAAAAACAGAUCAUUGUAUUCUCGUAAGAAAAUGUCAAUUACUUCUCAUCUAGACACGGCAUGAAAAACAUGUAAUAGUUUUAUAAAAAAAUAUAAAGAUAAAAAUUGUAUAAUGGUGUAAAAGUGUUAAAGCUAUCUGCAAUAUAAUUAUAAUGAAGCAGUUGUGUUUUUAAAUAGCCCCUCAUCACCUACAGAACCCAAUCCCUUCAAAUGUAACCAUCCAACAAGUUGAAAUAGCUAAUCAAUUUAACAUAAGUAAUUGGGUUUUGCAUUGACAUGUUAUUAGAACAAUGAAAUCUCAAGAUGGACAAAAAUGUCUAAGUAAUACAUAAUAAAAUAUAUUAAUAUUUGUUAAGAGUGGGGAUAUCCACCUGAUUAAUCCAUGGAAUAACGGACACACCUAAUCUCUUAACCCAGAUAUUUUUUAAGGUGGGUGGCGCAUUGACGUUGUAGAUGUCUAUGGGCUCCAGUAAACACUUAACACCAGGUGGGCUGUGAGCUCGUCCACCCAUAUAAGCUAUAAUAAAAAAAUUAAAUAUAUUCAUGUUUUGGUUAUAUAUUUUUUAUUUUUGUUGUCAAUGCAUUGUCGAUUGCACCUAUGAUUGAGGUGACAUCUGCCAUGUACUUUUGUCAGUUUUUCAAUGUUUUUUAUUGAUGACUAGUUGACCCGGCAGACUUCGUAGUGCCUCCCUCAAUCGAUAAAUAAAAGACCUAAGCUUUUAUAUAAAAUAAACUUAAAACAAACAAAAGGAAUCCGUCCGACAGGGGUCCACAUCAAAGGAAAAACAAAAUUGCUAUUUUUAUUUAAUACCGAGCAUUUUCAUAUUUAUCUACCUUUUAAACUUUCUCUGGACUUUCACAAAUAAUUCAAGACCAAAAUUAGCCAAAUCGGUCCAGCCGUUCCCGAGUUUUAGCGAGACUAACGAACAGCAAUUCAUUUAUAUAUAUAUAGAUAGAUUACUUUGUUAGUGCAACUACAUAAAUUAAUUAAUUAAAACCAAGGAGUGCAGCCCUAGCAAAUUUCUCUAUUUACACUAAUUUCGUCCCGAAUAACCGCAAUUUCUGGGUAAAUAGGGAUAACACCUAUUUUUACUUUUUUUGCUUAAACUGGAAUGCUAAUUGCAUAGCUUUAAAUUGGAUAACAAAGAUGCCCCCAAGACUGAAUCAUUUUGAUCCUGAUAUAGCAUUUUAAAUGUCAACAACUACCUUAAAAUUUUUCAUCAAGUUGGAAUUUGUCCCGAAUCACGCCGUUUUACCGGUAUAUAGGUCUGUCAUAUAUAAACAGGAAGUUAUUUUAUACACUAGUACACAUAAUCCCGAAAAGCUACGUCCAAAGGCUUAAUUUCAUUUUGUCACAUUUGUGCAAUUUCACAGAUACUAAAACGUUAAUAAACAACCGUUAUAACGUUAUUUUAUACGUACGGACGGAUAGGUGAGUCACGUACUGAACAUGAGAGAAUUUGCUAACACAAGCCCUCGCAAGAACAGUGCUUUGCAGAAUCUACCACAGGAUCGGAAUUGCGAGAAAGUCGGUGAUCUGAUCAUCAGUAUCUAUGGAUUAGUUCGCUCGUCGAACUCGUUUAUUAAAACAAAAAGAACUGAGAGUGGAUUCGGGAAAUCCGACAAGACAUGUGUUCGGACAACGGUGGCUCUGCGUUGGCCCGACGCAUGUGUCGGAUAUGUAGGUAGUUAGCGGCGGCCACGAUAAGGAGGGUCAUGGAUAAAGACAUUAAUGCUUAUUCUGCAUUAAUACGAUAGAAUUGCCUAGUGCAAGCAAUUUCAGAACGGUAUACAUCCAUACAUUAAUAUUGGAAGCGAAGGUGGUUUGUACCGCUUUCGCGUCGCAACCGUUUCGUCGGUAUCAUGAAAUGAUGCGUAUACGUUGUCAGAGAAGAAACAGGAAACGAUAAGGUACCUUUUAUUGAGAAAAAUGUACUUGCGGAAUAGAUUUUGUAGCUUUGCUACCUCAUACAUUCAGGAGAGUAACCUUCACAAGAUGACCUCGAACAUUCUGAGCACAGGACAAGGUCUGUCGAGUCCAUUCGUUAUAUAUGAUAUUAAAUACGAAACAUUAAAAAAAUGUAUAUCACAUUCAUUAGUAGCGAUGAGAUCAAUCAAUUAUUCAAUACUCAACAGUUAUACACAUUUCAAGGGUAUAUUAAAUUGAAACAUUUAUUAUUAGACACUCAUUCUAAUUCAUAGCUCGGUGCCAGUCGUGUCUUUAUGUCGUAAUCGUAUUGUAGGUAACUAUGCAAAUCGGUAAUGCAGUGAUACAUUUAAAGUCAACAAAACUUACUACAAUGAAUACAAUUUCACCAACUACAAAACUGUUAAAAAUCUUCGCACUAAAUAGUAAUAUUGAGGAAAUUGAUCUAAAAUGUUCUACUAAGCUCAGAAUAACCAUGACCGCUUUUGUUCUUUGUUCAUUAAUUUUUUACAGUUUGUAUUACAAAUUCAUCUAUGUAUUUGACUACGUUAAUAUUUCAAUUAAAAUUACGGAUUGCGUUCAAAUGGUGUAUGACUUUUGUCAAUAUAUUGUCGACCUGUAUUUUGUUACGAAUUAUGGAAGAAACAUUAGCUCGGAAUAUUUUCAACAAUACAAAAUUAUUGAUAAAAUACUUGAGGUUGUAUGUUAUGAGAUUAUCAAGCACAGAAUAGUGAAAUUGUUAUGGGUAUUUAUGUGCAUUUGGUUUUCAAGUUCAUGUUUUGACUUCAUAGCUUGGUUUCUGAACUAUGGAUGGAUCACGCCUCUAGUGUAUUCAGUAGCCUACAUUUUCUUACUCAUUAAAAUACUGACCACAUUGGACCUAUCAGCGCAUAUAAUGAAUGUGGAAAUUAGACUGAAGAUGAUUGCUGAUUUAAUACAUCAUUAUUAUAUGAGCUGUGAGGAUAACUUUCAAGCCGAAGAGACUUUGUGUCAUAAGAACUGGUUGAAUUCUAAAGAGCGUGCAAAAUACUAUGAACUACAGUUCAGAAUUCACGCUCUGAAACAGCUUUCUUGUAAUAAUAAUGAAAUAAAAUUGCUAAGCCGUUGCUAUUUAAUGCUUACGGAGCAAGUCGAGAUCAUUAAUAGAAUGUAUGGUUUCCGUAUACUUCUAAAUAGUUUGAGUUUACUCAUUGAUAUGGUUAGAUUUACAAAUAUAUCAGUCCGAAUCAUGAUUGGGUCCCAGAACUUAGCUUAUAACUGUGGUUACUUCCCGGCUGUUUCGAGUAUAUUCCGGCUACUAACAUGUGGUGCGGUCAUAAUUAACUUAGUGAGUCACUGUGAACGGGUCUACUAUCAAAGAACUAGGAUCUGCAACGUCAUAGAUCAUAUGAUCGUGAAUAAAAAUCUCAGUAAGCACAAAACACAUAAUUACAUCAAUCAAGAUUUAUUAAAACUGUCGAGAAUCAACAGAGGCAUUACAGGAAUUCCGAAACUUAGUUCAAAAUCAUCCGAUCGAGUUCAACAUGGCGAAUUUCUUUCAACUAAACUAUUCGUUACUCGUGUCUAUAGCAUCAGUGGUAGUCACAUAUACAAUAAUAUUAUUACAAAGCGUUAACUGAAAAAAAUGCUGAUAUGGUGAUAGCCCUGAGAGGCUAUAUCAGCGUUUCCCUAGCGUGUAGGUGAGCUCUCGGGGCUCAAACCUGAGGUGUUGCUAAGACCGGACCUAGCAAAAGCAGUGCUUCGCAGAAUCUACCAUCGGAUCGGAAACGCGACCCACUGAGAAUGUCCGGCGAGAAAUUCAGUGGGCUGUGUCUUUGGGUUAAUUACUCGGCGAGCCCUUCGUCGCAAGCGAUGGGUUCGACGAAGACGGUGACCGGUGCUUAAGGUACCUAAAAGCACCGUUAAUGGAUCGGAAUGAUCCGUAAUGACGUGUUUAGGGCGAGGGAGGGGCUAAGGGCUUACCCCCUUCUUUUUUUUUCAGUAAUGGGGCCGAAACUCCUACGAGGUAGCGCGCGGGAUAUGUGGGACUUGACGAUCUGCAGGUGUUGGGAGCAGACCGCGGGCCCAAAGAAUUUUAGGGCCCUACCGCACUAAACAACUCCCCUGCACUCUUACAUCUGACGUCCGAUCUCCGUCCGAAGUCAAAACCCGGUCAGAGUAGGGUUGUUCCCGCGGUCAGCGGUCAACACUACAACCAGACACACGGCGCCACCCCGAGGACGCUAGACCGACGGGUCGUCGAGGCGAUAGUCGACGACCAACGACGCCAUUAAUCCUCGGGCGAUGCCGCCGGUGUUCCGGGAUACCCCGCUGGGCCAGAACCAGCCUGCCGGGAUGGAACGCGACAUACCGCCGACGGGGUUGCUCUUCCACAAUAUAUUCGGCGAAUGCGAAGGGCUUACUCUAUCCCCACCCCGGGGAGCCUCAUGGUUAUGUACGGUUAAUGUUUUGACGGUAAUUUUUUUAUUGCUCUUGUAGGCAGACGAGCAUACGACCUACCUGAUAGUCAGUGGUUACCGUUGCCCAUGGACUUCAGCAAUGCCAGGGGCAGAGCUAAGCCGCUGCCUACCGUUAAGUACACUCCACAAGCCUCGUUUGAAGAAUGACAUGUCAUAGCGCUCGGGAAACACCGUGGAGGGGAGCUCAUUCCAAGGCCGGAUGGUACGUAGCAAAAAAUAUCUCUGGAAACGCACUGUGGAUGAACGCUGUGGCUCCAGGUAGUAUGGAUAAACUCUACUCCGGUGGCGGGUAGUGCGAUGGUAAAAAUGAAAUAAUGGAAUCAUCUCAAACAAUUCCUCAGAGCACUCCCCAUGGAACAUACGGUGCGGUACAAAACACAGAGAGAAGCGAAGUCCCUCCGCAGACCCAGAGGUUCCAAAGGUUAGUUAAAGUAGUGUUAAAAUUUCCAUUAUGGUCCAUUAAUUUUUGAGUUCAGGAGGGACAGGUGUAAGGACUUACUCCCUGCACCAUGAAAACCCGCAAAACCCCAUGGUUAAGAUAUCCAUGGUUAAUGUUUUAUAUUAAAAUAGCAUUACUUAGUCUCUCGAAGAGAGCUUCCCUCUGCGCCCUCAGUUUGAAUCCGUUUUAUCUCCGGCGUUGCGGGAAGAACUGCCCUUCCGCGCCGAAGCACGGUCACUAAUGCUCCACUCCGCAGCUUGGGCUUGAUGGUUGCCUCUGGCGACCAUGGGUCUCGCCGGGACGCCUCCCUGGGACCUGGAAGCGGAGGCGCUUGCUGCGGAUUACGCGUGGCGAUGUGAUCUCCGCUCCAGGGGGGAGCCGCGUCCCGGCGCGGCGGAAGUUCGAGCGCGGAAGCUUCAAUCUCGGCGUGCCGUGCUCGAGGCGUGGUCUCGCCGCCUGGCGGACCCCGCCUACGGGCGACGGACCGUCGAGGCGAUCCGCCCGGUCCUCUCGAACUGGGUGAAUCGCGACCGAGGACGUCUCACCUUCCGAGCGACGCAGGUGCUCACGGGACACGGCUGUUUCGGUCGCUACCUGCACCUCGUCGCCCGGAGGGAGCCGACGCUGAAGUGCCACCAUUGCAGUGGCUGCAACGAGGACACGGCGGAGCACACGCUCGCGUGCUGCCCCGCUUUCGCGGAGCAGCGCCGCGUCCUCGUUGCAAAAAUAGGACCGGACUUGUCGCUUCCGACCGUCGUGGCUGCGAUGCUCGGCAGCGAUGAGUCCUGGCAGGCGAUGCUCGACGUCUGCGAGUCCACCAUCUCGCAGAAGGAGGCGGCGGAACGGGAGAGGGAGAACUCUUCCUCCCUCUCGGCGCCGUGCCGCCGCCGUCGAGCCGGGGGUCGGAGGAGGGCGUUUGUCCAGCUCCGGCCCCUAUGAGGAGGCAGUCUCCUCCCGGUGAUGGUCACGGGGCGACCUAAGGGGGCUGAGACUGCGCCGCACGCUACCGUCACUCUAGCGCGCUGGCACCAGGAGGACGGGACGACGCGUCGGCGGCUGCGGACUGCGAUGCGGUCCGCAUUUUCGUCGUCGCUGUCGUCGCCGAACAUACUGUGGAAGAGCAACCCGGUCGGCGGUGUAUCGCGUUCCGACCUGGCAGGCUGGUUCUGGCCCAGCGGGGUAUCCCGGAACACCAGCGGCAUCGCCCGGGCGGCCUGAAGGGCCGCCGUACCGCGGAGACUGACGUCGUUGGUCGUCGACUAUCGCCUCGACGACCCGUCGGUCGGGCGUCCUCGGGGUGGCGCCGCGUGUCUGGUUGUAGUGUUGACCGCGGGAACCCCCCUACUCUGACCGGGUUUUGACCCCGGACGGAGAUCGGACGCCGGGUGUAAGAGUGCAGGGGAGUCGUUUAGUGGGUGGGCCCUAAAUUCCUUGGGCCCGCGGUCUGCUCUCAACACCUGCAGAUCGUUGAGUCUCACAUACCCCGCGCGCCCCCUAGGCGCGGGGACCUCGUAGGAGGUUCGGCCCUCGGCCCGGAAAAAAAAAAAAAUGGCGACCAUGGGUGCAUUGAUUGAUAGAAAUAAAAAAUGUUAAAAAAAAUCUGUCUAAUAUGAAACAGAACUUUCGCAGGUAAAGAUAUUUAUAUAUUUCAUAUGAUUUAAAUUACUUUUUUUCGGAUACCAUAGCAAUACUUGGAGUCGAGGAGUGUCUUUGGAUCUACUCCAAAGACACUCCUCGACUGAGAUCAUCGAAUGAAACCAUGUCAAUAGGUUAGACUCUAGAGUGACAAAGUUUUAAUGCCAUAUUCUGCUCACCACUUUUAAUAUUCAAUCUGGUACACAAAUUUAAAAAUCUACAGAAUUAAGUAGAAACUUGCACUGUUCAAUAUGGAGUAGGAAAGAAAUUUAUGUUGUUUAACAAACAUUUUGUUUCAGAAGUGUGUAUUUAAUAAAGCUUGUAGGUAAUAUAAAUAUUAGUUGUUAAAUUGAGAAAUAAAUGGUUUAUAAAGCAUAA